GGAAAAGUAAGGGAAGGACAGAGUGGUAAAGAGCUCGAAGGUGUGAGUGGGGAAGAGAUUUUUACAAAGUUUGUUGGUACAUCAGGUGGACAAUAUCAGUUUUCUGUGUCCUCCAGGUGACCCCUGUCUUUCAUCUCGUAAACUGACAGAUCAAGCGUGAAAUGGAAACAGGCUCUGUGAUGUGCCCUCAAAGAUCUGAAACCGAGGAUGAAUGCAGUAGUGAGGCUGGGGUUGAAAAGAAUUCCCAGUUUACUGAAGGCAGGGAAAAAGAAAUGAGAGAAGAACCAGAAAAGCAAGAAAUGGCCACAGAUCCUCAAGGGCUGGAAAAUCAGGAAAUAAAGCCUAUUAGUGAAAAAGAAAGAACAGAAUUGGUAGAAAGGGACUUUUUUCACCAGCUUCACAGUGCUCCCACUUCUUUACCAGCAGAUGGAGCCAUCGAGUCAAAAAUGGAAGACUUCAACAGUACAGUUGAAAAUGACUUGAAUCAUGUCCAGUGUCGAGAUUGGCCACUAGUGCCCCAAGUGAAAGCCCAUUCUGAGAGGAAUGAGGCUCAGGUCAUUGAGAUUCAGUACGGGGAGAAGAAAAACGUUGAAACCAGCCAAGAUGUACAAGAAGAUACUGAGGGUGAAAAAUCUCUCACCAUGACACAGAAGGAUGAAAGCACAGACUCAUCAAAUCCACCAAAGGUAGCCAGUGAAGAACAGAACCAUUUCACUAAGCAUGAACUAGAGUCACAUGGUGACUCCGGCUCAGUUGUCUUCCUAUCAGAGAACAGCAAAGAGCAAAACAUAGACUGCAAACCUGCCGAUUUUGCCACCACCAAAGAGCAGUGGGUAAGACGGGACAGCCGUAGUGAUGAACCACCAAACCUGUCAGAGUGGUCCAAGAGCUCUUCAAAAAGUCUUAUUGAGCCCAACCCUCCACAAAGCACCCAAAGUGAGUCCAUAAUCAUGUCUGAGGCUGUCCAGCAGGGGGAGCUUGAGGUGAACAACCCAAGAGGUUUGAAUGAAAAUGAGGUGGUGCAACAGGUGUAUGGUGCUGCUCCGCCCCUGGAUACAGUUGCUGGCGAGCCAGCCAAUCCAGGUCAAAGUAUCCCUACCAAUUACUCUACUGAAGUAAAAGUGCCAUUGAUAAUGACAGAGGGGGGUAGGGACAGUGAAAGGGAGGAGAGAAAGCAUUGUAAAACAGGUGAAGAGCGAAAGCAAACAGUGUGUGUCACAGAAACCUGUGAGACGGAAGGUGGGAGGCAGGGAGAGAUUAAAGAUCAAGGACAAGAACAGGCCAACAAAAGACAGAGUAAAACAGACUCCCAGCCAAACACGAAGCCUCAUUUUGGGGAAGUAAAAUUCAGCAGAAUGGAUUUUGAUGACAGCCAGAGUGAUAGUGGUCUAUCAGCAGAUUUCUCUCCCAACAGCAUGACAGAUGUCUCGGACUGUCCUGUUAACGUUGAUGCUCCUGAUCCCUUUGAAACUCCUACUAAUGAAACUCCCAUCGAGAGGGAGAUUCGUUUGGCCAUGAAGAGAGAACAAAGUCUACGGCGCUCUCGAGGACUGGAAAAUACAACAAACAGGACUAAUGAGUUUGUGGAAAUUCCAACAAGGAGACCCAUUCUCUCUCAGGACAUGUUCCUAAAACACAGCCCAAGCCAGGUAAAGGACAGAGAGUUUGCUGGAAAGAAGAUGCAGCAGGAAAUCAGUGCGGAGGCCAAGAGGGAGAAGGUUCUGGUUGAACUUGGUCGACUUCCUGGUUUUUAUGACAAGGGCACAGAGGUACAGCUUCAAGAGAAAAAGCAACUCUUUGAGGCCUUUCAAGAGCCAAAGGAAUCCGUGCCAGUUCUUAGUAGAAGAUCAAACUCCGUCAAUGUAGAGGGUUCUACUGAGAUACAAGAAGUUGAUUCUGCUGUGGAGGUCAGACAAUCUCAAAUUUCUCCCACUCCACCAACAAUGAGCCCACAGGGGGGUUCUAACAGCAACCAACCUGCUUCUCGAGGACCUGGUCUAACUGAGGGAAUCAAGGGCCAGAUAAUAAUCAUAGAGGCCAACUCUUUUCCCACAAGAAGCUCUUAUGGCACAGUCCCAUGGACAGAUGGACGGUCCAUGAAAGUCAUGAAUUCUGAGAAUGUGAGUGCUGCUUCUGCUGGGCCUGUCAGAGCUAGCCCAAGACUAAAUUUACAAGUGACUGAAAAUGAAGAUGUCUCAAGUUUGGUGAAGGAGAACCCUUUCUUCAAGCUCCGUUCUUCCAUGUCACUGCAGCCCGAGGUGGAGCAGGACAUUAAGGAGGCAAAGGAGAGGGAGAGAGAGCUACAGAGACAGAGGAAUAGUCUUUAUGGAGGUGCACCCAUGGACACGGAUGCAGAAAGAGUAACGGGAACAGACUUAGGGACAAAAGAAGGAGAGAAAAUGGAAAGUAAAGUAGGAGAGAGGGGGGUAACACAAUCCUCUAGCAAAGAGAUGCCCAGACCCCCUCCUCAGCACACAAAUCUAACUCCAGCAGGCUGCCAAUCAGAUCAGUUCUCCACCACCACGUCAGUGCGACUGUCCACCGGAAAACUGGACCUAACAUGGCCGCCACCCCAAGCGAAUGAAGAACAAGGACAACAGUCAAAGAAAACCCUAAAGAUCCCAAGGCAGCGAAACCCAUUACUUGAGCGCUGGGAGACAGGGAUGGUGAACAGUCACAUGGACAACAGCAACUGAGACCAAACCCAAAUGACAGCAUCAUGACACACUGUAUACAAUAUUCUGGAGGCCAUUCUACCAAGAGACUCAACGUGAUGAAGGAUAUGAACAAAUAAUCAGCUUUCACAGAAACAUCCCUGAUCUUCUAAAGGAAAGACAGUUUGAGGACUGUGUGUCAUUAUGGGUGGAAAAGAGCAUACAAUGGGCCUACACUCCAAAAGACACUACAAAAGUGAAAAGUUGGAUAUCCAACCCAGCAUUUCUCAACACAAUCCAGAUGUCUGUAAAAAUAACUGACAGCCAAAGUGGUUAUAAUAACAUCUAUUGGUUGUGUUUUUGAAUGCUUGGCAAUGACAGGUUGGUGUUGCAUAGGUUUAAAAGAUUUCAGUGUAAUAAAAAUUCUCUGCAUUACAAUUAUUCAGUCAUUCAUAAUCAAUAAACUACUCAUCUCA